GGACCCUGCCAGCCAGGAGGCGAUGCUGCGGGUGCUGGACGCGGGGCUGGAGCAGUGCCUGGCGCUGCACUCGGCCGUGCAGUGCAUCCCCGUGCCCCGGCACAGGAAGCUCUCGGGCAAAGCAGGCAUUGACGAGGUGAUGGCAGCCGCGGUGCUCACCAGCCUCUCUGCCAGCCCGCUGGUGCUCGGGCACCCACCGGCCACUCAUGCCCCAGAGCCUGGCAGCGAGGUCUGGAAGGAGGCUCCUGCCAUGUCCUCCAGCUGCAGCAGCAGCAGCAACACCAGCGGGGACUGGAGCUGGGACCCCUCCAGCGACCGAUCCACCCCCUCCACCCCCUCACCCCCCCUCUCCAGCCAUGUCCCCAGCACCUUCCUGCCUGGCCCACUGCCAGAUGAGGGCCCUGAUGAGCCCGAUGGCACCCACUUUGUCUUUGGAGAGCCCACCCCACGGAAGAGAAAGAACUCCACCAAGGUGAUGUUCAAGUGCUUGUGGAAGAGCUGUGGCAAAGUCCUCAGCAGCUCCUCAGGGAUGCAGAAGCACAUCCGAACCAUGCACCUUGGCCGGAAAGCCGACCUGGAGCAGAGCGAUGGCGAGGAGGAUUUCUACUACACGGAGCUGGACAUGGACGUGGACGCGCUGACUGACGGGCUCUCCAGCCUCACUCCGGUCUCUCCCACCUCCUCGGUGCCUCCCGCCUUUCCCGGCCCUGAGGCUCCUCUGCCGCCGACGCUGCCAAUCCUCGACCUGGCCCUGGCCUCCCCCUGCAGCCCCCCGGGUCCCCCCGGCCGCUGCCACGUCCACACUGAUCACGCGUACCAGGGCUGCCGGACCCCCCCACGACCACCAGUGUCCCCCACCAUCCCCACCCCGCCACCACCCAAACCACCGGCCGUGCCCAGGCGGCCGCGGGGCGAGGCCAAGAAGUGCCGCAAGGUGUACGGCAUGGAGCACCGGGAGAUGUGGUGCACGGCGUGCCGCUGGAAGAAGGCGUGCCAGCGCUUCCUCGACUGA